AUGCAUGGGAUUACAAGCACCUUUAUGGCAUUUCUAUGUACAUUUUUAAAAGCAGAGAGUUUGUUGGUCCAUGGACAAACCAAUGGUACUUCAGCAUCUAAUGGACAUUCUGAUCCGGAUGUGUACAAACAACUUCUUCAAUUGGAAACGGAUUUAAGUUCAAUAAAGAAGGAUCAGGAACAACAAGCUCAGAAGCAAACCUUAUUAGAAGAAGAGAUUAAAUCGCUGAGACAAUGGAAUCAAACAGCCCAAAUAAAGAUAUCAUUGUUAGAAAGCGAAAACAAAAACUUGAAAGAAAGACUACAAAACAAGAAUUCUUCAUCCACUUUAUUAAAACAAAACUUGACAACAUCAGAAGACUUAGGAAAGCUGGAGAACAUCUUGAAGUUCGAAAUAGAGCAGACAGUCAGAGACAGUGAAGAAAAAAUUAUGAAGAACGUGUCUGCCACAAUCAAGGACCUGGAACUCCGAGACCGAUAUUUAUCACUCUCUCUGUUGGAUGUACACAGCAACAUGUCAAUUCUUGACUAUACACUUUCCAAGCUCAAGCAGCAACAGAAGACAAACGAAGAGCAACAGAAUAUGAUAAUACAAAACUUAACAUUUUCUCUGUUGGAUGUACACAAUAAUACAGCAGGACUGUCAACUUCUUUUUUCAGUUUGGGUACGCAGCAAAAACAAAUGAAGAGCGAGAUCCAGAUGCGGACGAAUUCCCAGCAAAAUGACAUUACCAAACUGAAUGAUACAAUCAACCAUCUGAAGAAUUGUUCGGUUGAAAAUCAUGCCUACGUCAAACCAGAGAAAUCCAACCAAACCGUGGUCAUUGUGGCUUUGGAUGCACAGAAGCAACAAAUGAAGAGUGAGAUCCAAGCACUGACAAAGUCACAGCAAAAUGAGAUCACCCAACUUAAUAAUACAAUUAUCCAUUUUAAAAAUCGUGUUCAAUCCAAUGUAGCUUUUACAGCUGGAAUUUUAGGAGAGACAAACGGGCAACAUACAUAUGCAAGUGGAGAUAUUGUUAAAUUUCCAAAAUUCAUAUACCAGGUGGGAGGAGGAUACAACCCUACAACAGGAGUGUUUACUGCCCCAAAGACUGGACUCUACAUCAUAUUCUGUACUAAUGUGGCAGCACAUCAGCAAUCAGCCUCAAACCUUGUUGUCCACCAGUUACAGGUUGGGGACAGAGUGUGGAUACAAGUAUAUGAUGGUGGUCAUCUGUACUCAAACAUUCCAGAUACAACAUUAUCUGUGGUAAUGAUCAAUGGAUCAGACUGA